AUGGAUCCACGACGAGCGCGCGUCCCUCAUCUCUGCGACCCUGAUCGCGUGGCCACCAUGUACGGCGAAUUGGGCAACAAAUUGGUCCAACAUGCGAAGCGCACCCAAGCCCUCGCUCAUCUCCCGCCCUACCAAACCGAAAUCGUCCGCGCCGUGACUCGCGAAGUGCGCGACCUAGACCGAGAUGUAGCCCGUCUCCUCGACCCCUUUGAUGGUGCCUUCAAUCCCUCCGCGGACCCGGCUGUUGCUUGUGCGCUGCUCGUGGACCAUCUGUGCAUGCGCCGGAAUAAACGCUGUCUCCUGGCGUAUCACCGUGUGCGGACGGAGAAAUUGGAAGAGCUCUGCUGGAAUGGAGUGGAUAUCUUGGAACAGCAGCAGCCGAGUGAAUCCUCCGAGGACCGGGGCCAGAUGCAGGGCGUCGGCGGACAUAGCUCUCUCAGUCCGGAGGAGGAAGAGUACUUUCGUCAGUACGGCGAUAUGCUGGCGGCGUAUAAGGGACAAUGGACGGAUGUCGAUUUGACGGGGACCUUGGAACCGCCAAGAGAUCUUUUUAUUGAUGUACGCGUCUUGAAGGAUGCGGGGGAAAUCCAGACGGAAUACGGGGUGAUCAACUUGACUAAGAAUAGUCAGCUCUACGUUCGCCAGGGAGAUGUUGAGAGGCUGAUUGCGCAAGGCUUUCUCGAGCGAUUGACCUAG